AUGGACGAACUGGCACCUUCGAACAUGUGGCAGGAAUUCCUCUCUGCUAAGCUAUCCGUCAUGGUCUCCCAGUAUGCGCUCGUCGCCGCAGCUACCGUGUUCACUUACGACAUUCUCCUCACUCUGGGGACGAGCUAG